UUUCAUAUAAUCUUAGAUGUAUAUGUAGCACGAUUUUCUAAAAAAAAAUCUGUCGAGAAAAACUAGUCAUUAUCCAAAAAUUUAUCAUUAGCCUUUUAUUGUCUUGCUUCCAAAGAAUUGGCCAUUGAAAUUCAUUCUAAAGAGUACACAAUUGUUUUUCUAUUUUUUUAACAUUUUUUAUGAUACGUACUCUGGGAUCUACCUAUUAAUAUACCUUUUGUUUUGCUUUAUGUAUUUUACAAAAUAUAUUUAAUAAGAGUUUUGAGAAACGCGAAUUGAUGUCGCAUCGUUUCUUUUACAAAGAGGGAGGUUUAAAAAUGUCACGACCCAGUCUAUGGUUCUCAAUAACGGGAAAAGCUCGAUCAUAAUUUAAAAAAAAAAAUUGCGAAAGCAAUUUUCAUUCGCUAGAAACAAAAAUGCAUACUUUGUUGAUAACUAUAAAGUCUCUACUCGCUCACAGCUAUCGAGUUAACUCGAUCGAGUUUAUCAAGAUUCUCAUCGCUUGAGCAGAUAUCCGUAGGCUUAUGAUGUAGCAAUUCAAAAGAAACAUUCACGAUAUAUCAAUAGAGUCACUCGUACAUUUAUCUUAAUUAAUAAAUUUCGCCGCAAACUCCCUUCAUCUGAAAAGUGACCGCCGAUCAUCGAAACCAAUUAUAUUUGAAAGCAUAUUUCGAACAACACGAUAGUCUUAGCAUUGGGGGUCUCAAUACUUUUUAAAGGAUCUAUUGCGUUUGUCCUCCUUAAAGUAAAUAAAGUUAAUUUAAAAAAUGCGCACAAAAAAGCUUAUAUAUGUUCUGCAAUAGUUUCGAAAUCCUGUCUAUUACAACUGUAGAGAUUAUCGUUAUUAAUUUUUAAAUAAUAAACCGUUGAAUUAUUGUUCAUGUGUUUGUGUCUUCAGGCAUACAAAGCAGUGCCUUUGUACACCAGUAUGUUUACCCAUUUAUUAACAAUAUUUACAUUUCAUUAAAUAAUGCAUGCAUGUCCUAUAAUUAAGAAUAAUUCCCAAAUAACUGAAAAACGGUCACGGUGUUAGUUGAUAAAUGUAGUUCGCAGAUAGCACAGCAAAAGAUAGAAAUUAAUGAAAAAAGACAAUUAGACAUUAAAGAAAAUAUGAAGCAUGAAAAUGAAGGGCAUCGAAUUAAUGUUGGCGGCUUUAUGUUUAAGUUGCGAUUUUAAUGCUGAUGAUUAUCCAAGUGGCGUUUUAGUUAUGGACGAAACUUACUUUACAAACGGUUCAGAUGCGGAAGAUGGGAAAGUUUUAACGAAAGCAAAAGAGAUCGUAUCAUCUGAUAAAGAGGUACAAUUGGAAAAACUACGGAACUGGAUAAAUGGGCGUGAAUUGCAAAUAGCUACUUUAGAAGACUAUCCACUAAGUUAUACCGAAGUGCUGGGAAAUGGUACGCGUGUGGGCUCAGGAGUAGCUUUCGAGUUAAUUGAUUUUCUAAAAGAGAAAUUUAAUUUCACCUAUAAGGUAGUGGUGCCUGGCUUCAACAUUAUUGGAGGCACGGUCGACUAUACAAACAGUUUAAUCGAAUUGCUUAAUGGAUCUCAAGUUCACAUGGCGGCAGCAUUCCUGCCCUUGUUAUCUGAUCAACGUGGUUACAUUUUCUAUUCUACGGUCAUCUUAGACGAAGGUGAAUGGAUUAUGGUUAUGCAAAGGCCGCAUGAGUCAGCGUCGGGUUCGGGUCUUUUAGCUCCAUUUGAUUACAGAGUGUGGACGCUUAUUCUAGUGUCCUUCUUAGCAGUCGGUCCAAUCAUAUAUAUUCUAAUAAUUUUGCGUAAUCGUUUAACAGGCGACACUGAACAGAAGCCCUAUUCAUUGGGACAUUACGUUUGGUUUGUGUACGGUGCUCUAUUAAAACAGGGUAGCGUUCUAUCACCAAUAGCUGACUCCACUCGGUUGUUAUUCGCUACUUGGUGGAUAUUUAUUACGAUUCUAACCUCAUUUUAUACCGCUAAUCUAACAGCGUUUCUUACUUUAUCUCAAUUCACCUUACCUUUCAAUACUGUUGAUGAUAUUUUAUAUAAAAAUAAAUAUUUUGUAACGGUUCGUGGUGGCGGCGUCGAGUAUGCCAUUAAAACGGUAAACGAAAGUCUAUACAUGCUGCAUUACAUGGCUGAAAAUGAUCGUGCAGUUUUUUCGCUGGAUAUCAAUGAUACUACGAAUUUACGUACAUAUGUCGAGGAGCAGGGAUUUGUGUUUAUUCGCGAUCGUCCCGCUAUUACACACACUCUUUAUACGGACUAUCGUCAACGACGAGCGACUAGCAUGAAUGAUGAGAAGGUGCACUGUCCUUUUGCUCAGGCCAAACAUCCAAUUCUAAAGAAGAAACGGUCGUUUGCUUAUCCGAUCGGCAGUAACUUAAGCCAUCUAUUUGAUCGGGAGUUAUUAAAUCUUGUGGAAUCGGGAAUUAUCAAGUAUUUGGCAGUCAAGAACUUGCCGAAUGCAGAAAUAUGUCCACAGAACUUGGGUAGCACUGAACGGCAAUUGCGUAACGGAGAUCUAAUUAUGACAUACUAUAUAACGAUGGUUGGUUUCAUCGUUUCUCUUGUCAUUUUCAUCAGCGAACUGCUAUUCCGCUGUAUUAAUCAAUUGUGGACGCGAAAUAAUGUCAACGAUGCAGUCGCAAAGCAAAAAGCAAGUGUUAGUAAAGGUUAUAACCAAGGCCUGAUUUUGACAAUGAAAGCAACACCUCCUCCGCCUUAUCAAAGUAUAUUUACUGGAGGUAUUGAACGAAAUGCUGGAAAUAAAUGGAAGCAUGUAUUCGGUUCAAAAACUCGACAGUUAUCCCGUGAAUAUCCCGGUUUUAUUAGCACAACUGGUCUUACAACCGGUUCGCAUGGUAUACGACGUAUAAUCAAUGGCCGGGAAUAUAUGAUGUACCAGGCACCCAACGGCGAAACGCAAUUAAUACCUGUAAGAGCGCCCUCGGCCACUUUGUUUCAAUACACUUAUGUAGAUUAAAUGGCACGAAAUCUUCAUUGUGUUAUCUUCAUUCUUGGUCAUGAAUGAAAUGUAACCAAGAUCUACAAAAUACGAUUCCACUCCAUUACAGCUUACUCAACUGCUUUAGAUCAUGCUUUUCGAUGUAUGCAGAGUGAGGUUGAUAA